CACCCCGCGCACUGGCUGUGGGAGCGCGCUUUCAAUGUUUAUGCCCUUAUCGAUCGAGGGGGUGGAAAAUACAAACUGGAAACCUACCCCAACCGAGUGCUAUUCGAUUUGCAGCGCGUCGGAUAAGCACAAAGGACGAGCGAGAACGAGAACGAGUACACGUGGCAGAACGAGCACGCUGAGGAGAUAAACGCGCGCCCCAUAGCUGCCGUGUGCAUGUGUGUGCAGGAGUCUGCAUGAAGACGAAAGGACAGCGCCUGAACGUGAUGCAGUGCAGGGCGAGCGUAUCGAGCCGAUAUUCACUGAUUCCGCACGCCACCGCCAAGCGGAUGAUGGUGUACGGUGGUGGUGGCGUUGGUGGUUCAGCCCACCGCUGUCAGCAGUCAGUACCACCGAGGAUGCUGGGUAAGGCGGCGGGCGAAGGGUUUAAUGUGGAUUCCGGGUUCGAAACGUCUGACUUCGAUUUUACCGACUUCGCCGAGGAGAUGCUGCCGUCGCGCGAUUUCAUUCAGCCGUUUUCGCUCGAGCAGGACGGUCUCGUCGGAGAUGGUCGAGGCAUUCCGUUUCGAACCGGCGCGGCCGACAGACGUUGCUCCGGGCUGAGCACACGCAGAAUGUCCGACUGUCCUCGACGUAUGCUGAACCUACUGCAUGGCGCCAAACAUCGUCGGAAGAGUCGCAUAUCGUUUGAUUUUUCCAACGAUCUACAUCAGGCGGAAAAGUCGGUCCAAACGUCUCCCAUCAAGCAUCCGAACAAGAACUGGCGGUUUGAGGAUGCCCGGAAGGCGAUACUGGUCGAGAUGGAAGCGGUCGGGCAGCUGCGGAAGCCGCACGUCCUACUGUUACGCUUCCCGGAUCCGCAUCUCAGCAAAGAAAUCGUGCAAGGCUUCUCGGCCAGCAUCGAGAAUGUGAUUUUCCAUCGGCCAGCAACACCAAGGUACUGUGUGGUGCAUUUGAAGCCGGAAGCGGACGUGGACAGCGUCAUGAAGCACAUUUCACGGAUCCCGUUCGGUGCGGGUAAAAUCAUGGUCGAACGGAAGACACGCAACGCCGAUCAGAAACCCGUGGUACAGCCCGAGGACAUCGAUCCGUACACGCUGUUCAUUGGCAAUCUGCCCAACGUGGUGACGGUACAGACGGUGAAGCAAAUGUUUCCCGCUGCCAAACGCAUCGAUAUCGGUCACGCUCAGCGCAUCAAGCACACCCGGUACGCCUUCAUACGCUUCACGAACGUGGAGGAAGCGAUCCAAGCGUUCAAAGCCAAUCACAACAAGGUCAUUGACGGGAAAAACAUCAUCAUACGGUUCCGGCGCCAUAACGCACCGAUCGCGCUGCCCGAGGACACGACCACACCGAAAACGCCCAAGCGCCAAAAACCGGGCCAACAGCAACAGCAGCUAGUGGUGUCGGUGGAACAACGGCCGAGACGACUCAGCCUGGUACCAUCGGCCGGUGGUACUGCUCCGGGCCAUUCCGGUACGCUGAGCACGAUCAAGACGGAGAUACUGGACGAGGAGGAACCGGAUGGACCACCGGUUGGGAGAAAUGUGAAGCGGUACGAAGGGGCUGGCGGUCCGCUGUGUGUCAUCAAGUCCGAACCGGACGAUACGGAUAUUGAGGACAGCCUGGAAGAGGAGGAGGACGUUGACAACAUACGGGACUUUUUGGAGGAGCAGGAAGAGGAGGAAGGGCUGAAUUUGGACGAAAUCAAUCCGGACGAAAACUACUGCGAAGAUGACGAUACGGACAUCGACAGCUUUGGCAAGAACUACUGGACGCUGGAGCAACUGCGCCGCAACGGUGCGGCGGCUGGUGAUAAUGGAUCCGGCUCGGUGAAGAACGAGGAACAGGACCUGGAAUCGGCCACCAAAACGACCUCCACCAUGCUGAUUAAACGCAAAGAUCACAAACCACCGACAACGGUCAUCAAAACGAAGCGUCGCGAUGAUCAGCUUAACGAUCUGUUCAGCUGCCUGGAGCCGGACGAUGACUUAUCGUUAUGAGAUUCGAUGGAACUGUUCUCGGACUUCAUUCAAUACGUCACGCUUAACUAGCGGGGCGGAAGUACCGUUCGUCGGAUGCCGAAGUUGGCAGAUGCGAGAACGUUCGAGUGAAGCUGUCCCGAGACAGUUCAUGCAAGCGCUUGGAAACAAAACCAAAAGAAAAGGACAACAACUAUCCCGAAAUCACUUGGUGUUGUAGACGAAUUUCAAUGCAUUUAUUCUGUAUUACGUAGACUGGCCAUUUGAUGCUUCUAUUACGUACGGUACGAUAUAUCUAGAGGCGAGUGUUAUCGCCAUUCUGGAGGUAAACAUUAGACGGGACCAGAAACAAAACCUUCCAGUUCCUAUUUGAUCCUUUCCGAUACUAGCGUACUAAGCUGUCCCACUAGACGAAACGAAAGCAGAAUGCAAAACAUUAGUUACGGUGUUACCUGUGUUUGGGUGCAUAAUUAGCAACAUUUUCUUCAGUAUUACUUAUCGUUCGCGUUAUGCGUUACAAGUACACACUAACAGCAAUACAAGUAUUAGUUGCGGAUCUCUACCAUAAUGACGUUCCUUUUUAGCGGUUACAUUACUUAGCGGAAGUAUUAUUAACAUUAGCAAUUUUAAACAUUAAUCGGAAAGGAUCGUCCUUAGUUUAGCUUACGCUUUUUGCGCUUUACUAACCAAAAAGUUUUUAAAACAUAGAAACACCAAACACGAUUUAGGCAGGCGUAAGUAAGAACAUUAGGCGGUUAAGAAACGAUGCUUGACAUAGAGCGGGUGCCAACCGAGUCUUCAGAGGAACAGUAUUUCUGUGUUGAACGAAUAGUGUAUUGCUUGAGGCAAAUAUUCAAUAAACAUAUACAACUAGUAACCAUACUAAUGAUAGCA